AUGGCCGCGUCCGUGACGACGAACGAGAUCGCGACAGCGCUCCUGCGCAAGGUCGAGCACCAGCCACCGCCUCACGCCGCACCUGCGCUCGCGGACCAGAGCGCACGGGUGCCCGUCGUGGUGCACGACUCGAACAAGCGGCCGCGCGUGGCGUCCAUGGGCGAGCUCGAGUCGCAGUCCAAGAAGAACAACACGGCGUCUCUCACGCCGGGACAGUGCUCGUCUGUCGCGUACGGUACGACACGACACAAAAAGUGGAUUCACGGCACAGCAACCAGUCCGUUGGACAGCAAACGCGCAGAGACAGACGCGGCGGACGAUGCCGGAGGGAACAGCAGCAGCAGCAGCAGUGUCCUGGACCGAGACAUCUCGACGGACAUUGCAGCGAUUGCAGCAAAGAACGAGCAGCUGCAAAUGAGUGUCGCGUCGCUGAAGCGCAGUUUCUCGCUGCGGGAAGAAGAGACGCACCAGUUGCUGCUGGGACUGGGAGCGCUGAGUGCUGUGGCGCACGAGCUCGCGGCGUUGCAGAGAGACUAUCAGGAGCGCUCGGUGAAGAACGCAGAGCUCGUGCAGGAGUCUCUGGUACAGAUCGCCAAGUGCUCGGCGCAGGUGGACAUUAUCAAGAGCAGUCGAGGGAUCACCGAGACGCAUUUGCACACGUUCCGACAGGAGUGUGCGCACGAGAUGAAUAGAUUGGUUUCUCGACUGGGAGCCCUCGCAGAGAGCACGUGUCAAGCCCCGUCUCUUUUUGAGGCGAACGACAAGGACGACGACGGGGACAGUGGUGGUUUGUAUACAGUAGCAACAUCACUGGGUGUGAAAUUGCAACAGGUCGAGCGGUCGCAGGACGAAGUGUGCGACCAUAGGGCACAAAUUAUUGAUGAUGGGUCUGUCAAGAAUGCAGCAGAACGCACGCAACAGGAGACAACGGAUCGAAUACAUGUGGCACUUGCGCAGCUGGAAACCCUUCACACGGAGAUGUGUCGGUUAAAGCAGACGCUCGUACAGGACAACCAGUGGUUCCGUCGGCAUCUGGAGGACAUAUUGUUGCAGCAGAUGGCCCACGUGCGUGAAGUGCAGGAAAACGAGCGAGAACGCGUUCAUGAGGAAAUGGACGAGAUUCGAUCUGGAAUGUGUGGAAUUCUUCGCGAUAUUCAUCGAUUGAAGGAACGGACGAAAUAUAUGGUGCCGAGUAUGGCACGCUCAGCGCCAGAGCUGUUUGGCAUUGCUGGCAAAAGUAGUGAAGACCGGCGGCGAAGUACGCCAGCAACGAGUUCCGUGAUGCCAACGCCUUGUAGCGAGCUUAAUAGCAUGUAUGACUGUGUGACGUCGAGCCAGGUGGGGGAUAGCUAUGCACAAGCGAGUCAUCCUCAGAGCUUGAAAUCUAGUCUCUCGAGUCCAGCAGGCUCGGACGAUGAAAAUUGGCGCAUGUUUCCUGCAGAAGAUACGUUUGUUGCUGGUCGGUGUGCUGCUCAGCUUGGCGAAAGUCCCCACUACUCGUCACGCUCAUCCAGUCUAUCGGGCCACCUCAGCGUCUAUGGAGAAAAGCAUGUCAUACCGAACAUCAAGUCUACCGCGGAGCAGUUUGAUCAGCAGCUGCUUGAACAGCACCGCCUGUUCUGGAUUGGCGAAGGUGCGGGCUAG